AUGGGCAGCCGAGAUCCUGACCACACACGUCUAACCCAAAUCGAUGAGAGAUUGGCCUCCGUAAAAGUCAAGAGCAGAAAAGAACUUCUCGAAGACUCAAACAUCGAAAUCGUCUUCCUUGCAAUUCAUGCAUGGAAUUUCGAAUCCAGUCUCUCGUCUUUCAGAAACCAAAUCCAAGACAAGAUCUUCAUCGAUAUAUCGAAUCGGGAACGACUAAGCAGAACUGAAUCGAACGCUGAAAAAUUGCUUCACGCUUUUCCUGGCCUGCGGGUCGUGAAAGCCUUCAAUACCCUGUCUGCCUAUGCCUUGGAAAGCGACACUUUUGGAGGCGCGAAACAGGUCUUGAUUGCAAGCGACGACACGACGGCCAGGGAAAAAGUGUCGAGUUUGGCGCGUGAAAUGGGAUUCACACCCGUUGACUAUGGCGUCUUGAGUGCAUCCAGAGAGAUCGAGGCUUACCCGUUGACGUUCAUGGUUGGUUGGAGUUGCCCUACUUUAUUUGUGUUUUUUGUAUUCCUAUUUUGGACACUCAUCUGUAUCUAUAACCGUUAUCGUAAUGAUAAAAAAUCUUCAAGUCAUUUCACGUGGGACAAUAUUCCUCUUGAUUUUGUCAAUGAACCAGUCGCUCUGACAGCCAUCACGCUUUUGUCUGUAUCUUAUUUGCCUGGUUGUCUUGCAGCUUUUAUACAAAUGGCCAACGGUACCAAAUACAGACGCUUUCCGAACUGCUCUUCUACUGAUGAGCCUACUGGGUCUCUCGUCGCUACCAUCUGUGGGAUCGCUUAUGAAUUGGCGCGAAUGGCGGUUUGUGCAAAGCCACUUGGGAUAUGUCACUCUCUUUCUGGUCACUUUUCACGUCUGCUUUCCCGUUUUUUCUGUUUGGUUAAAGGACUCGAUUAG